CCGAGCAGCUUGCGGUUGGCGGCAGUUGCGAUUCGAGCGGUGAGUGGUGUGUGUCGUUUCGUUUCCGUCCUGUACAUGUUUUUCGUGCCGCGGUCGGAGACUCUUUCUCUCUCUGCGUGUGACGCGCGUGGCUCGAUUUCUCUUUUCUUUUGCCUUUUUAUUUCGCGCGAAUCAUCGGUAUUGCCGCGCGAAAUUGUGCGACAAUCGAAUGACAUUACCGAGUGACGUUAUAUCGAAUGACGCGUUUGUAAAAGGCGGCGCGGAGUGGUGUUCUUUUGUAGUGUUAUAUUUUAUUGUGCCAACCGUUAGUUUUUUCUCUCUUUCUCUCCUUCCCAUUUCUUUUUUCUUUCGGCGGACCCUUUGAUUACACGACGGGACUUGGAGACUACUGUUGGAGAUAUUGCACGCAGCCCUUUGCUCCGAAAGAGCGUCUCUUCGGAAACUUUGGACGAUCAGUUGAUAGCGAGGAUAUACAACCGUGCGCGCGCGCUUGCGACCGAUCGGCUCUGACUUGGAAUGACGAUCGGUAGUGGCGAUAAUGAAGCAUGAAAGUUAUCGUUGAUUUCGUCGGACAUCCUGCAGGGCCAUUUGUUUCCAGGAUGAGUGUGUCGCUGCUUUUGGCUCUAAUCAGCUUAGCCGCGCAAAAUGUGGCUUGGCCGCAGGACCCCAUUCCUAGACUACACAUCAAAUAUCGCGAGGUAAUUGGCCAGCGGUUUCUGGGCAAUGAAAGCCACGUGGAGCACUUCAAACUCCUAGAACGUGCGACAACCUCUAUCCUGAUUGGUGCCAGGAACGCCAUUUACAACAUAAGUCUGCACGACCUAACGGAGAUCGCCGACCAGAGAUUGCAGUGGUCCAGCACCGAGGCGCACCGCCAGCUUUGUUAUUUGAAGGGCCGCAACGACGACGAGUGCCAGAACUACGUAAGAGUUUUCGGCAGGCAGGGCCCCGAUCGCUUUCUCGUUUGCGGCACGAAUGCCUACAAGCCGCUCUGCAGACAGUUCACGAUCAAGGAUGGAGCCUAUGUGAAGAACAGUGACAUGGAUGGUCUGGGGCUUUGUCCUUACGACCCACGACAUAACAGCACGGCAGUUUUUGCCCAGGGACAGUUAUACGCCGCGACGGUGGCCGACUUCUCCGGUGGCGAGCCGCUCAUUCACAGGGAGAAAAUUCGCACCGAACGCUCGGAUCUUAAUCAGUUGAAUGGUCCCAACUUUGUCAGCUCAUUUGCGUAUCAAGAUUACGUAUUCUUCUUCUAUCGUGAGACGGCCGUGGAGUACAUGAAUUGCGGAAAAGCGGUCUACUCGCGAGUCGGCAGAGUCUGUCAACACGAUAAAGGCGGGCCACACGCAUUUAGCGACAGAUGGACGAGUUUCCUGAAAGCGAGACUGAACUGUUCGGUACCGGGAGAGUACCCCUUCUAUUUCAACGAAAUACAAUCAACGAGCGAUGUUACGGACGGCCGAUACGCGGGCAAAUCCGCGCGUCUUGUCUAUGGGGUUUUCACAACUCCAGUGAAUUCCAUCGGAGGCUCGGCUGUCUGCGCAUUCUCCAUGGAUAGCAUUCUCGAGGUCUUCGAGAGUGCUUUCAAAGAACAGGAGACCAUAAACAGCAACUGGUUGCGAGUAGUUCGGGACAAAGUACCCGAGCCCAGACCAGGCGCCUGUGUUAACGACUCUAGGACGCUUCCAGACAUCACUGUCAAUUUCGUCAAAGCUCAUCCCCUCAUGGACGAUGCAGUGCAGUCCUACUUUUCAUUACCUGUGAUAACUAAAAUCAGUUUUAAUUACAGAUUUACCAAAGUCGUUGUAGAUCCCCAAGUAAAAGCAUUGGACGGUAAAGCUUAUGAUAUGCUUUAUAUCGGAACAGACGACGGUCGUGUUCUGAAGGCACUCAACACGCGCGCACCCGAAUCACGUGAGAAUGUAGGCCAAGUUAUCGUCAGCGAUGUCCAGGUAUUAAAAUACGGUCAAGCUGUUAAAGAUCUUUUGGUGGUUCAUCUGGCUGGCGAAGCUAGCAAACUGGUGGUAUUCGCGGAUUCUGAGAUUCGCGCGGUUCCCUUACAUCAUUGCGACUCGCCUGCUGCGGCUACUUGCAAAUCCUGCGUCGCUUUGCAAGAUCCCCAUUGCGCUUGGGACGCAAUCGCGAAUCUCUGCGUCGCGGUGCCGACAAAACUCCACGAUAGCGACAAUAGCAAAACGCUAUUCCAAGAUAUCCCGAACGGAAGGCACAGGAGCUGCGGAUAUGAGCAAGAAAUGACGAAGCCCAUGCAACCAGCGGUGGCGCCCGAAAUUGGGCGCGACGAGCAGCCCGAUGAACGGGACAAUGAAAUCGUCAUCGAACUGGAUCGGGAAAAUCAGUACGGCCGUACGCAACCAAGGGCUAACGAGCCUCAAGGCGUGACUGUCACCCCGGUGGUAUAUUCGGCCCAAACAUUGACGGGCGCAUUGAUAGGCACCUGCUUCUGCUCCUUGGUGGCCGGUUUCGCUUUCGGUUUCUGGUUCUCUCAGAGACUACGCGGCUCAUCGUAUCCGGAACCAUCCGAGCAACGGCAACAGCUCAAUCGACUGACUGAGAGCUCGGAAUCCCCCGGAUUUAACAACAAGUCUAUCAAUCUGGUGCUGAAUGUGCCACCGAAAAACCCAAAUGGCAAGAAUGCCAAUUCGUCCGCGGAAAACAAACCGGUGCAGAAAGACCCCACGGGUUCUGGCGCAUCUUCCACCGCCUCUUCCUCCGACAUCGCAGAGUCAGACGAGCGCAAUGACGAAGACGGUGACGACGACGAGGAUGAUGACGGAACGACGCCCCCUACGAGCCUCACCACCGGCAUUGCCACGGAUCAUACCAAUAAUACACACAAGUUGGACGAAGAUCGCUACGAGGACCAGUACGAGGAUCAUUACGAGAGCAUCGAAAACGAUGAGACCUGUACGCUCGAGUAUUUCGAUCCCUAUGAAUCUGCCCAGCAGCGAUCCGCGACAGCUCCGAGAUGUAUUCGGUAUCAUCAGUCCGUCGAGUGUGUCGAGACUACACUGAUGAAUGCACCAACGACGUGCGAACUUGUUGAAGAUACUGGCGGUAGCGACAGUGCCAAUAGCCUCGACGAUCUCUGCGGGCCACAUUGUCCCGCCGUAAACGAUAAUCGAUUCGAUCGGCACGGAGAAUUGACGAACAACGGACGAGAUCACUAUAUGGUAUCCACCCGAAGUCCGCGCGAGCUCAAUGAGAGGAUCCUGUCGCUCUUCAAUCCGCAAUUCUUGCCCAACUUUAACAAUAUGAUCACGUAUGUGGCUAGUCCGCCACCGCGAUCUCAGUCCAUGGCCCAAUACAAUAACGAGGACGAUAAUUUUCUGCUUAAGGACACCAACUAUCGUAAACGCGACAGCACGAACUCGAUGUGUUUUCGACGCGAACUGAACGCGAUUUUAAGCGAUACGUCGCAAAAGUGAUCGGUAUAAUCGAUAAACGAAACGACGACUCGCUUUACAUUUACAUUUCAUUGAAAAAUACGUUUAGAAAUGUAACUUUGUGCACCUAAGGAAGUAGCAGUGCUGGGAAUAACUGUAUAUUUCUCUUAUAGCACGACACAUAAGAGAAGAGGAACUAUCUCGAAGAUACCUACAAAAUCUCUUUCCUCUCCUUUUUCCAAAAUUUCACAACUAAAUAUGGCUAAGAGAAUUGUAUUGAUUGGAAAACGCGAUCGUGAUCUAUACAUGAAUAACCUCGCACGUUGUGUCAUAGAUCGGUGUAAAGAGAAGGUGUAGUCUCGUGAUGGAGCCAAGGAUUUACUUUUCUAUGGUAUUUUCAAGCUUUGCCAAGUAUAUCCGACGCGUGUUUUUACACUCACGACUACCAUUUUGUAUACAUUUAGAUGUAUUAGAUGGUUUAUAAAUGUUUCUUUUUUUUCUUUAUUUCUUUUUUUUCAUAAUAAUGACAAGAGAAUCGAAUGUGAGGAAAAGUGUACGCCGAUAACAACGACGAUUGAAGCUGAAGAAUUGAAUUGUAGUAAUGUAAUGUGAUAUCUAUAUGAGGACUGUGUUCGUAGCAGUGGCCUGUUAGGUGCUUAGAUUGAUGCAAGAUUUAACAAAAAACGAAACACUGUAGAGACAUUUAAGCAUUCGCGCAAGAGACGAGGCGUGCCUUCCGUGUAUUAAUUGUUGGCAAAUCUUGAUCUAUAACAGGAAUGGAGUAUUUAGUAUGGCUGGUACAGAUUCGCGGGCAAGUGCCUCAUUUAUGCGUUUUGUUUAAGAUAUCCGAUGUAGAACGCGGAGCAAAGUAUAGAGAGAGACUAAGUAAGACUAAUUAUUGUUGUGCACUUUUUGCCGUGCUGUGAGUAUUGGUAUAAUAGCGGGGAAUACGGGCGGGAGCAAGAUUAACUCAGCUCCCAAGGGAAUAUAGUGGCAGACGUAUAUAGUUUCUUCGAGAGAUAUAUACAUACCAAAAAAGUGCUACGGUAGUAGAAAAUUUAUUGUUGAACAAAACGUUGCGGCAAAAAGAAAAAGAAUGAUAGGACGAUUAAUACGCUAAUUAUCUUAAAGUACUAACAAAAGUAUCGUAUACAUGAUACUUUUUAGACUCUUCGUUCAAAAUCAAGUCAAAAAUUCGAAUUUAUAUAUCAGUUUUAUCAUUGUUGUAAUUAUAUUGUAUAUUCCUCAAAUAUUUAACUCAAAUUUAAAAUUGGAACGCGAUUUUAUCGCAGUAUGUAGAAUUAAUCUAGUUAAGUAGUACAAUUACAUUACAUUUAAUUUUUUAUACGUUUAGUUUGUUCAUUUCUAUUUGGUUGCCGUCAGUAUAGCAAAACAUCCUCGAAGAAACUUGGACGAAAAAGAAAUCAGAAUGAGCAAGGAAUUUUAUAGUGGUGCACACAACACAAAACUGGUUCUGCUAGCAUUAUAAUAACGAUCGCGAUAUGAUUACACGUGCGCAUUUACUUGACAGCUUCGCAUCGCGGACGGAGUGCCUCUAGCGAUGAGUAUCUUGAGAUUUUCUUAGAAUGACAAAAACGGCGGAAAAUGCAUUUUCGAUAUGUGCAAAAUCAUAAAACGCAAAUUAUUUCAAUUAUUUUAAAUCAGUUUUAAUCAUACCGGCAGUAUCAACCUACGUGUCGAUGUUUUUAAUUAAUUUUCGCAAUAAUAGAUACGUAAAUAUAAUAUAACACA